GAUGAAGAGACCUACUCAGAACCCAGGGCACCAUUUCCCCAUCCCCCACACAGGUCAGAAUAUUAACUGAUGUCUCUCCCUUCCCUCCUAGUCUCACUCUUAUCCUUCUGGACCCUGCCCACCACUGCCCGCCUCGCUGUUGAAACGGUGCCCCCACUUGUUGCAGAAGGGUCGGUCGCCGUUUUUAACAUCCUUGAAAAGGAAGGGCUUAUCAUCGGCUAUGGCUGGUUCAGAGGGAACAGGGUAGAUCAACAAGCUGCAAUUGAAGGCUACCAAGUAAUUGAAAAUUCACAUACACCUGGGCCUGCAAACACUGGUCGAGAGACAAUAAAACCCAAUGGCUCCCUGAUAAUCCAGUCUGUCAGGAAGCAAGACGCAGGAACCUACACCGUGAUCACUGUAAAGGCUGAUUUAACUAAUGUUUCGGCUUCUGGACAGCUCCAAGUAUACAGUGAGUGCUUCCUCUCUGACCUCGGGAUGCUGAAAGGGGCGGUUGAAUUCUGCUUUGACAGACCCGGAUGGCGCCUCCAUCUCCCUCUACAUUAUGUCCCGUGUUGGGGUUUGAACGUUCAGUGCAGGGCACACACUGUGGAGACAAACUCCAAAGGGUCCGACUUCCACUCUGGGGAUCUGGGCCCUGCAGACACUGCAGAAAGGAGGCCGAUACACAGGGGUGGCAAAACUGUCUUCCGCCCGCUGCGGCAGCCCUCCAUCCAAGUCAACGACCCCAUGGUCAGGGAAAAAGGAAACAGGGUGGUCAUUACCUGUGUCACAAAUGAAACGGGCAUCAGCAUCAAGUGGAUCUUCAAUAAGCAGCAACUAAAAGCCGCAAAGAACAUCUUCCUGUCCAAGGACAGCAAGAACCUCACCAUAGACCCCAUCAAGAAGGAAAAUGCCGGGGAAUAUCAGUGUGAGAUCUUCAACAUAGGCACUUCCAACAGAAGUGAGAUCUUUGAGCUGAAGGUGAAAGACUCUUGGUUUGACCUCACAACUGGUACCAUUGUCGGCAUCAUGAUUGGAAUCUUGGUUGGUCUGGCUGUGAUAGGAGCCCUGAUGUAUUUUCUUUUUUUCAAAUAAACUGUAGGGUAG